GCUCUUUGUUGUGACAUCCCUCCCAAGAUCACCUUUGGUUACAUUCAUCCUCUAUCCUUUUCUUUGGCGAGGCUAGCGGAACUCUGUCGGUGGAUAUGAUGACGGAGAAAGACAAGCUCUUCUUCUUUUCUCUUUUCAUCUUUCUAUUAGCUGGGAUUGAAGUGCAAGGUUCUCAUCAUCAUCAUCAUCACCGGCACCGUCGCCAAAACCUUCAAUUGCAGAAGCUCUUUGUCUUCGGUGACUCGUAUGCAGAUACUGGAAAUAUAAGGAAAUUGUUGGCUAACUCGUGGAAAGAGCCAUAUGGGAUCACCUUUCCUGGGAAGCCGAGCGGCCGGUUCUCCGAUGGCCGAGUCUUUACGGAUUACUUAGCAUCCUUCAUGGGAAUCCGAUCUCCCAUCCCCUACAGAUGGAAGGAUAUCGGCCCAAAACCGUUACGACAUGGAAUGAAUUUCGCUUAUGGUGGGACCGGAGUGUUCAAUACGUUAGUUCCUUUCCCAAACAUGACCACCCAAAUUGAUCUGUUUCAGCAGCUGAUCGAACGAGGGGUGUAUACAAAGUGGGACCUUCAAUACUCCAUGGCCCAUGUCUCUGUAGCCGGUAAUGACUACACCGCAUAUCAAGCCCGAAAUGGCUCCAUAGCAGGUAUACAAGACUUCAUCACAUCUUUAAUUAAUCAACUUACAUUAGAUCUAAAGCGCAUUACUGAUCUCGGUAUAAAAAAGAUCUCCGUAACGGGCCUUGAGCCCAUUGGAUGCCUGCCCCAGGUCACCGUUACUUCAUCCUACCAGAAGUGUGAUGACACGUUCAAUCAGGCCGCGAAUUUUCACAACCUCUUGUUGGAGAAUGCUGUGAAAGAUUUGAAUACAAAUGGCAACGGAUCGACAAUCAUGAUUUUAAAUCUCUACAAGGUCUUCGAUUCCAUAAUCAAGAGCCCAGGAAACCAAGGAAGGUGGAAGUUUGAGAAUCCCUUGACGCCUUGUUGCAAAGGAGUGAGCAGUGCAUUCUCAUGUGGGAACCUAGAUGGAAAUGGUACCAAGAUGUAUACGGUGUGUGAAAGGCCAGAGUCUGCUUUCUUUUGGGAUGGAGUACACCCUUCACAGACGGGCUGGGCUGCUAUCUCAUCAUCUUUGAAAACCGCUCUCUACAAUCUCUCGUCCUAACCCUUUAAGCGCUUGGUUUGUUUUCUGUUGGCUUUUCCAGUUGGGUUAGUUUACAUAUUCUAAUAAAAAUGCACAUUUUUUAAGCGCAUGAAGUUAGGGAAAUUUGUUUAAUAGAUUUUAUUUUUUGUUAUUAUUUUUUAAUUGUAAGCUGGGAACAAACCGUCUGAUUAAAUUACUUCGUGAAAAAUUGCUGUCA